AUGGAGGAGACGGACAGAUUGGGCAGUAAUCGGAUCGGCGACGGCGGAGCCUGGGCGAUUGCUGAAGCACUCAAGGUGAACACGACGCUGACUUGGUUCUAUCUGGAUUCAAAUCAGAUUGGCGAUGCUGGAGCGCAGGCGAUUGCUGAAGCACUCAAAGACAAGCCGCUGGCUGAGCUCAAAUUGGGCGGUAAUCGGAUCGGCGAUGCUGGAGCGCGGGCGAUUGCUGAAGCACUCAAAGUGAACAAGACGCUGACCCAGCUCGAGUUUGGUGACAAUCCGAUUGGUGAUGUUGGAGCGCAGGCCGUUGCUGAGGCACUCACAGUGAACAAGACGCUGACUAGGCUCAGUCUAUGGAGUAGUCAGAUUGGCGAUGCUGGAGCGCGGGCGAUUGCUGAAGCACUCAAAGUGAACAAGACGCUGACCCAGCUCGAUCUUGGUGACAAUCAGAUUGGUGAUGUUGGAGCGCAGGCCGUUGCUGAGGCACUCAAAGUGAACAAGACUCUGACUAGGCUCAGUUUGAGUUGCAAUCGGAUUGGCGAUGCUGGAGCGGUGGCAAUCGCUGAGGCACUCACAGUGAAUAAGACGCUGACUGAGCUCUACCUUACCUAUAAUUGCAUAAGCGUCCUUGGGUCUGAAGCAAUCUAUCGGGCAUGCACAGGCAAACGCAGAUUGCAGGCUUUUCACGGCUCUCGAGUCAACCCUCUUGCGUUUUCCUUACUUCCACGAUUGGCGAGUGCUGAAGACAUCCAAGAAGUGCUCGGCGUGCUGACCAGCGGGUUGGAGCUGGAGAAUCAGCGCAUAUCUCUUCCAGCGCUACCAACCGAGAUUGCCGAGCUCAUUAUGGACAAGGCGCAUUGCUGGCAAGGCAUGCAGAAUACCAAACGAGAAUACUUUCACAUCGAAGACAGGCGCGUUCCGAAAGUUACUGUGCCUCAAGGAAAUUCAAUCCGUGUGAAAGCAAUUCAAGUGCUUCGUGACUGGAGGAGCCGUCCCGACAACACCGACGACUGUGCUUUCGAUUUGACUGUCCGAGAUGAACAAGGUGCUGUUCGAUACGAAUGUGCUGUGCACCCGACUUUCGUUGAUUCAAACCUCACACAUGCGACAAUUUGCCGGGCGAGUCAUCCCAUCGUCCGACAAAUGCGUGAGGGCUGGCAAGUUCAAAUUCGAGCCAGCGAGUUUGGCCGAGAUGUGACAUUUGAAUCUCUUUAUGUCGGAUUUGGUUUACAUGAGUGAUUUUUGUUCGCUUUAAGUGCCUCGGCAAUCGGUUUGCCUCCUUUGAGUGCCUACAUUACAAUGCUGUCCUCGUCGUGUUCGUUGAGGGUUAUUUUUCCAACACUUCAAGUUUGAGCACUCGAGCAUGUGGUGACACACAAAUCCGAAACUGUUC